GUAACAGGGAAGAAGUUAUUUGCUGCAAGCAGUCACACCUAUGAGGCUGUGCGAUCACUAUGGGCAAAAAGGGAAGACGACACCAAGCUGCAGCAAGAGUCAAAAUCAGUUACACAAGAAGAUAAGAAAAAGAAGGAAAUUUCUAAUACAAAAUCUGAGUCUGCUAUUGAAUCAAGAUCGUUUAACAGAACAGAAUCUUCUCCAGUAGAGUCUUGGAGUGAUAAAGAUCCAGUGCCUUCAUCAGGAACAGUGAAUACACCAAAAUUUAAGCCUGAUCCAAAACUUAUGGACCAUGGUCAGUCCAGCCCAGAAGAUGUGGAUAUGUACAGUACUAGAAGCUAAGACAAACCUGCUUACAAAUCUUUGCAAAGUAUUACAGAUAAGGGGGCGGGAAGAAGGGAAGGAAUAAUCCUUACAAUACAUACUCUGUGAGGUAUAAUUUAAUCAGGUAUUUUCUUAUAUCCCGAUUUGUAUUACUGACUUACAUGAUUCUGUUCAGUGAAUAUUCUAUUUCUCACUCCUUAGAAGCAGUGAGAAUUCGCUCAUUGUCAGUGUCAUUAGCCAGACACUGAGAAAAUGAGAUUUGUCUGUGUCUUCUCACAGUGAGGUCUCUCUGUGCCAAGCUUGUUAAUAAAUGUCACUUCACAAAGG